AUGGAGUUUUUGAAACAAUCUCUUGCCAACAAUCCGUUGUUGUUAUUGGAAUUGAGGAGUCUAAGGACCCUUCUUCACUCAAGUCGUAUUGCUCAUGAUGCGGAAUGUAUUCGUAAAUUGUUUGACUUCCUUUCUAUCGAUUGCACUCCAAUAACGUCCUAUAGAAUGGGUAAGCCAAAUGAAAAGUCCCCCCGGCUCAUCAAAGUUGUUCUCCAAGUAGGCGUGUGCUCCUCGAAAAGAGCCCCAAGACUGAAAACUUAUCAGAGUGGGGGAGUUUCAAUAAUACCUCCACCUUCGUCCCCAAGCUGCAGAGUGAUGCAGUCUCACGGCAUAUCCCCCAGAGCAGAAGAAAAGGCUCGCCUACCUAUUCCUGCGUACAUCCUAAAGAACUUUGAUGCCAUAUUGAUCAAGACUGGUUAUGACGCUCCGCCCCAUCCGAAUGUUGUCCCUCUGCAUGCCGUUGAUGCUUCCAUCCGCCAGGCCAUUCGCCUCCACUACCUCUUGUCGAGGUUUGAUGUUGGUAUUGUUGCUAUUUGUGAGACUUGGCUGAAGUCUAAGGUUACAGUGCAGUCUCUCUUAGGGGAGCUUUGUUCUUUUUACAAUUUAUUCAGAUGCGACAGAAAAAGGAAAAAAGGUGGUGGGGUUCUUCUCUUGGUUAAGCAGUCUUUUUGUCCUACCCUCGUUUUCAGCGAAAGUGUGGCUGACGGUUAUGAGAUCGUUGCAGCCCCGAGCAUUUUACUUAUAACGGAACCAUAUAACUCACAACAUAUAUAUGAUACUUCUUGA